AUGCGCACAAACAACGAUAGAGGCGAGAAGGAAUCGUCUACUGAGUCCGAACUCGGUCCGGAGAAGACAAAACGAAAGAAGCCUUCACGCGCUGAUCUCUAUCUCUGGCAGGACAACAUGAUACGGCUGUACAACAAGUGGGGCAUUGGAGAUCUUAACAAACUGCCCAAAGGUGGCAUCGGACCGGAUCAGUUGCAUUUGUAUCCCGACAACAUCAGACAUACUGCGAGAAACGGACGAUUGAGUCACCUGAAAACACGCUACCCAACCAGUGCGCUGCGUCUAGAUCCUGAUGCGAUCAUGAGGAAACGUGCGGAGGUUGAGCGAACGAGGAAAGCGAAAGGGAGAGCUCAGAGAGACAUGGUGGAUGCAAAGAAGUAUGCGGUUGUUGAAAAACUACCGGAAGGUCACCAGCCUUAUCAUGCAAUCACCGAACGUACCAGUCCAUGGCAAUACAAAGAUCGCCGCAUUCACACCUCAUGGGAGAGCUCGACUUGGGGACCAGCGAUUACAAAUAAGGAGAUCGUUCUCGGAGAGCGGCGUGAGUGUCACCUACCACGCUAUGAGACACUCAUCAUACCUCGUACAGUCUUUGAGCAGGGAUUACUUUACGACAAGAUCAAUAAUCGGAGACGGGUUGGUGCUGAUGGAAAAUGGCUGCGAGGAAAAGUCACACACAUGAUCUUCGACAGAUAUUACAAACUCGACGAGCAUGAGCAGCGCAUUCCACUUCCGGGUCCGCACUAUGUGUAUUGUAAACCACACUUCACUCCUGCUGGUCCUGUGGCUCAAGUUCAUAGCAGUGACGGAGCAUAUACUGCACGAAGACAAGCGCAUCCUAAGUUUGCGCUUGUGAAACACAAAGACGAUGCUCUGUCGGAUGCCGAAGAGGAAGAGUAUGAAGACGACCAUGUGUUGCUGCCGGAUGUGCCUGGGGAUUCUGACGGGACGCCUGAUUCGCCUGACAAACCAGAGGAUGAAGAUUCGGAGGAUGAUGGUGAUGUGUUUGCAAGGACCUAUAGAGAGGGUUCAGGCCUCCCGUACCGCCCAUUGCGGCCCAUUGAUGAAUUGAAAUCAGGGGGAUCCGACUCAGGUGAUCCGCCAGAUGGCGGAGAUGGUCCACCAGGAGGGGAUCCGCCACCUGGAUCUGGUGGUGACGAUGACAUAGAUAGCAGUGAAGAUGACGACGACAAUGGAGGUGUCACGAAGAUCAAGAAACGCACAUUCGGUAUCGAGGGCGAAAAGUUUACAGACGAUGCCAAGGGCAAGUAUCGUUUGGUCAAAUGUACCAAAAGGUACCGGUGUGGCUUUGAAUUCACGCAAAGCGACCGUGUACCAGCCCUCAACCCAGGUGCCAAGAAGUUGUACAACGACAAGGGAGACAGGUUCACUGAGGUGUACCCAAAAAAUGCACCAAUUCCUGUCAGACGAAAGGCAGAAUACAAGGGCGUCAAGUGGAAAAUGGGUAAAGAUGGUUUCUUUCGCAAGAAAGAUCUGAAAUGGCGUCCUGUUCUGAUCUUGCGCAAAUUCAACAAAGACGAUGGAGCAUACGUGGGUGCUAGCGAUCCCUUCGGGCAAUUUCCUGAACUCAUCAACGGAAAUCUUCCAGAAAACCUCGUACGCGCUUACAACAAAAGCAUUCUCCAGUACAUCAACCGUAACGACCACGAGGUAGGACGUCCAAUCAUUCAGCCGCGCUGGAUAGACGAAGAAAUCAGAGAAGCCGUACGCUUCCUUAACGACCUUGUUCGUCAGCACGGUCUCAUUCAACUCUUUGAUCAGUGGGACGACAUCAUCCACAAAGCCCAAAAAGCGCUCGAUAAGUACCGAAUAAAACAGAUGAACCAACCCAAGCGCGGACCGGAAAGCGUGCGUACUAAGUUUGCCCGCUCAGAAGGUCUCCAAAAGAAGGUCAAGAAGGCGGGCGAUCUGAAACAUCGUACAGACAAGAUUUCGAGUGCGGAGCUGAAACCGGAAGAUCAUUUUACUGUCAAGGAUUUUGGAGUAGAGGCUACAAAAUUCAAGGCGAAGAAACGUACCGCUGGGGGUAAGGCGAAGCGGGAAGCCAAGGCGAAGACUGAGGGGGAAUUUGCAAGCGAAAAUGAGAAUGGCGAGGAGAGUGCCGGUGAAGGGGACGACGAUGAUGAGCCUGAGGUUGGGAGUCGACCCCCGAAGAAGAAGCGUAAAUAG